CACCAUCAAGAAGCCUCCAAUUCUUCAUCAAAAUGAAGUAUUUUUCUUUCAUGUUACUAGCAUUUUCAUCUAUACAUGCCCACUUGUUUUCUCUCUUUGCAUUAAAUUCACUAUGGUCUACCUUUGCAUUAGGAAAUGAGACGGAUCAGUUGGCACUGCUCAAAUUCAGGGAAUCCAUAUCUACCGACCCAUAUGGAAUUUUCCUCUCUUGGAAUAAUUCUGCUCACUUCUGUAACUGGCAUGGAAUCAUAUGUAAUCCCACACUUCAAAGAGUUACAGAGUUAAACUUAUUAGGAUACAAGUUGAAGGGAACCAUAUCCCCUCACGUAGGCAAUCUCUCUUAUAUGAGAAGCUUGGAUCUCGGAAACAACAGCUUCUAUGGAAAAAUCCCACAAGAAUUGGGACAAUUGUCACGUCUACAGAUUCUCUAUGUGGAUAAUAACACAUUAGUAGGGAAAAUUCCUACAAAUUUGGCAAGUUGCACUCGCCUCAAAGUCUUAGACUUAGGUGGGAACAAUUUGAUUGGCAAAAUACCAAUGAAAUUUGGCUCACUUCAGAAGCUUCAACAAUUGGUCCUGAGUAAGAACCGUUUAAUCGGAGGAAUCCCAUCGUUCAUAGGGAAUUUUUCAUCCCUAACUGAUCUUUGGGUUGGUGACAACAACUUAGAGGGACAUAUUCCACAAGAAAUGUGCAGUCUCAAAAGCUUGACGAAUGUAUAUGUGAGUAACAACAAACUGAGUGGAACAUUUCCUUCUUGUCUUUAUAAUAUGUCAUCUCUUUCUCUAAUCUCAGCCACAAACAAUCAAUUUAAUGGCUCUCUUCCUCCCAACAUGUUCUACACCCUCCCCAAUCUCCAAGAACUUUAUAUCGGUGGUAAUCAAAUCUCAGGUCCAAUCCCACCUUCCAUCACAAAUGCAUCUAUCCUUACAGAACUUGACAUUGGCGGAAACCAUUUCAUGGGACAAGUUCCAAGACUUGGGAAGUUACAAGAUCUUCAAUAUCUAUCUUUGACUUUUAACAAUUUAGGUGACAAUUCAUCUAAUGACUUAGAGUUUUUAGAAUCAUUGACAAACUGUAGUAAGUUGCAAAUACUAGUAAUAUCCUACAAUAAUUUUGGAGGUCAUUUGCCAAAUUCCUUGGGCAAUUUAUCCACCCAACUAAGUGAAUUAUAUCUUGGAGGCAAUCAGAUAUCAGGAGAAAUCCCUGAGGAAUUAGGGAAUCUUCUAAUUGGAUUAAUUCUCUUGACGAUGGAAAACAACAACAUUGGUGGAAUUAUCCCAACUACUUUUGGUAUGUUUCAAAAGAUGCAAUUGUUAGACUUAAGUGCAAACAAGUUGUUAGGAGAGAUAGGAGCCUUUGUAGGAAACCUUAGUCAAUUAUUUUAUUUGGCAAUGGGAGCAAAUAUGUUUGAAAGGAAUAUUCCUCCAAGCAUAGGAAACUGCCAAAUGUUACAAUAUCUGAAUCUUUCACAAAACAACCUUAUAGGAACCAUACCUAUUGAGAUUUUUAAUCUUUCUUCCCUUACAAACUCCUUGGAUUUGUCACAAAAUUCAUUGAGUGGUAGUAUACUAGAAGAAGUUGGCAACCUAAAAAAUCUCAAUUGGCUAGGUAUGUAUGAGAAUCAUUUGUCUGGUGACAUUCCUGGAACAAUUGGCGAAUGCAUAAUGUUGGAGUACCUCUAUUUGGAUGGGAAUUCUUUACAAGGAAACAUACCAUCCUCUUUGGCAUCACUCAAAAGUCUUCGAUAUUUAGACCUGUCAAGAAACCGCUUGUCUGGAUCAAUUCCUAAUGUUCUGCAGAACAUUUUUGUCUUGGAAUACUUGAAUGUGUCUUUUAACAUGUUGGAUGGUGAUGUACCAACUGAAGGUGUCUUUCGAAAUGCAAGCACGUUUGUGGUUACCGGAAACAACAAGCUUUGUGGAGGUAUUUCAGAACUGCAUCUACCACCAUGCCCUGUCAUCCAAGGCAAGAAACUAGCAAAACACCACAAGUUUAGGUUGAUAGCAGUGAUGGUUAGUGUGGUUGCUUUUCUUCUAAUACUGUUAAUAAUUCUAACUAUCUACUGGAUGAGGAGGAGCAAGAAAGCAUCUUUGGAUUCACCAACAUUUGACCUGCUGGCUAAAGUUUCAUACCAAAGCCUACACAAUGGAACUGAUGGGUUCUCAACAGCAAACUUGAUAGGGUCUGGAAAUUUUAGCUCUGUCUACAAAGGAACUCUUGAGUUAGAAAACAAUGUUGUUGCCAUAAAGGUCCUAAACCUUAAGAGAAAAGGAGCUCACAAGAGUUUCAUAGCAGAAUGCAAUGCGCUUAAAAAUAUUAAACAUCGAAAUCUUGUUCAGAUUUUGACAUGUUGUUCCAGCACAGAUUACAAAGGUCAAGAAUUUAAAGCUCUAAUUUUUGAGUACAUGAAAAAUGGAAGCUUGGAACAAUGGCUGCACCCGAGGGCACUUAGUCAAGAGCAUUUGAGAGCAUUAAACCUUGAUCAAAGAUUAAAUAUCAUGAUUGAUAUCGCUUCUGCAUUAAAUUAUCUUCAUCAUGAAUGUGAGCAAUCGGUCGUUCAUUGUGAUUUAAAGCCAAGCAAUGUCCUCCUCGAUGAUGACAUGAUUGCUCAUGUGAGUGACUUUGGCAUAGCAAGACUUAUCUCAACCAUCAAUGGUACAACUUCUAAGAAAACAAGUACAAUUGGAAUAAAGGGAACAGUUGGCUAUGCUCCUCCAGAGUAUGGUGUUGGUUCUGAGGUGUCAACUUAUGGUGACGUGUACAGCUUUGGAAUUAUUUUGUUGGAAAUGCUUACUGGAAGAAGACCCACAGACGAAAUGUUUGAAGAUGGUCAAAAUAUUCAUAACUUUGUUGCAAUUUCAUUUCCUGAUAAUCUUUUGCAGAUUUUGGACCCACGGCUCAUCCCUACAAAUGAAGCAACAUUGGAAGGAAACAAUUGGAAGAAGUGCUUAAUUUCACUUUUUAGGAUUGGACUUGCUUGUUCUAUGGAAUCACCAAAAGAAAGAAUGGAUAUGGUUGAUCUAACUAGGGAACUUAAUCAAAUCAGAAAGGCCUUUCUUGUUGGUGUUAACCUUUGAGAAGAAUUAAAGCUGAAAUCAGAGUCACAAUCAAUUUGAAAACAAGUUAUGGAGUAUGAUGUAUUUCCAAUAAAGUUAAACCGGGUGCAAAGUUGUCUACUUA